CUUCCCACGAGAUUCCGCCUUGCUGAGGUCACUCCGUGUUGCUUCCUUCGUCUUCCAGCUUGAUGGAGUCGAUAUAUUAUCAUCAGCUGGGGGGUUUCGAAAGCAGGCGACUCGAUUUUUCAUGGGCUAAAGGGGGAGAAUUCUGGGAUCAUGACAGACUUGCAAGUGAUGUGUUCUCGAUAGCCAAAGACGGGAUGCUACAGCUGGCGCUCGGUAUUACGAACACCGGCGCUUCAUACCUGCUGAUACCUGAGCAUCGAGCCAAAGUCAUUGCAAGCAACUGUCGUCUUAAAUAUCCCAACCCCCGAAACUGUAUCAGUGCCAGAGACUUUGAAUCGAUAUCCCCCAUCGAGUUCAAAACGUGGGUCGAACUUUCCAAGAAACUCCGAUCGCUAGCUUCUGCAAAGAACAAAAAAAAGAGGAAAUACGAUAUGCCCCCUACGGAUACGAGCAAAGCAAAUAAAGGGUAUGACACAAUUGCGAUGGAUCCUGACAGACGUAACGAUGGUUUAUAUCGCCCUCUUUUCGAACACGGAAGGGUACUAUAUCGGCUGAAGCAGAAUAUACUUGACGAUAACCUGAUAAAAGUGGAGAAAGCGUCAUGGCUCAACACGUUUCGGAUGUGCUCCUUCAUAUACAACAGAUGGCAAUCAGGCAGCCCCACGAUACUGGACAUCGGCCUUGCUGAAGGAGUGCCUGGGCAACUCGAUCCGCCUCCAGCCGUCAGACAGCUUGUCAUAAAGAGGAAUCUGAUGCUCGAUGGGGGCAAACGCGAUACAUUCAUCUAUGGCACUGCGGAGCAAGUUGACGAAGAUGAUGCAACCCGAGUGGUACAAGACUUUUUCCACAAACGUGGUUCCGAGCCAAUGCUGCUUCUUGUUUGUGGGCGAAGAGAUACGCUGGAGGUCCUCAGUCAAUGUUAUGGUGUGGACAGCACGACCUGGGAUAAUGGCCUUAAGGACCUCCUCCAGCCCUCAUUCAGGACUCGAUCCGAGUGCCCGGUCUAUGUUGUAGACGUAAAAGAGAUGGCACUCAAACAUUUAAAGGUAGACGAACAACAGCUAAAGACGGUACAUCUUAUCUGUGCCAAACUCGGAUUGAUCCCCAGAGGACAGAAAAAAACCGUGUCUGCCGGGAACGACUCGAAGAGGAUUUUUGAGGCUUUGACCGUAUUAGUGGAAGGACCAGCCAUCGAUGAAGAGCGGCUUCCGCGAGAAAACCCGGGCCUCGUGGCGUCUUUGUCUUUGUCGGCCAACAAUGAUGGAGAUGAUCCAGGUUCGGACUAUGACCCGAAUGACGUUGUACAACAAACGUCCGUUUCAACGGCUUCGUCAGCGAAUCCAACGGGCAAUAGUUAUGAUGAUGAUGAUGAUGAUUCGGACUAUGGUGAUGUUGAUGAAUGAGGAUAUAAUUGCCCUUGCAACUAGAAGGAUGUAGCGGGUACGGUCAUAUCUUUUGUUGUAUUGAAAAAUCCUGUAAUUCUGCAAGCAUCUUAUCGACUGAAAGCAUAUACCAAUCAAACAUUGGCAGAUAACCACUGGACUUCAGGG